UUCGCAUGUGCAAAUAAACAGUUGCCGGCUACAGCUGAAAGUUUGUGCAAGUAGCUCAUGCUGACUUAAACCGUCCUGCUUCUUGAUUAUCUCAACGACGGAAGGCGAGAUUUCAAAGGAAAGAAGGGUUCUGAUAGAUCGACAUAGAUCAUGGGCAGCUACAGUGACUCCACCAGUGACCUAGAUGAGGAGCUGCCUGUGUUCGACUUCCUCCAGCCUGGUCGACACAUCGACCAAGCCUCCCAGAGGAGAGUUAUUGCAGAGCAGCCGGAUAUGUUCACCCUGGAUGACUCUGAUGCAGAACAGGCAGCCAUCUCCUCCCCAGCGAGGAGCAGAGCGGCUGCACGCCCAGGUACAACUGACGUCUUGAUGAUCAGCAGCGACUCUGAUGACGACGCACCUUAUGUCCCUCUGGCGCAGAGGCUCCAACAGAGGCGAGACAAUGUGAUUAGUGCCUCCUCCGCUGUCGCUAACGGGAAAGCCCCUGAACAGUAUUUGCCAUCCAGUCUGGCCAGCUCGCAGGUCUCACGCCAGAAUGGCUUUUCCCAGUCAGAGCGACCCCUUGGCUCGCAUCACGUGAGAACAGUGAGCCAUGGUGCCCCAGGUGUCCCAGAGGAGCCCGAGAAUCUCCCUCAGCUGCCUCAGAAGCCUUUCUCCACUGCGGGGAGUGCAGACAGCUCGCCGGCCAAGAGGAAACCUGCCAAACGAACGGCGGAGGAGAUCCAAGCCUCCAGGGAUGAGGCUUUGAGGAGGCGGCAGGCCAAGGAGAGACAUCAGCAGGACAAGGAGGCGCUCAGGCAGGAACAAGAGAGACAGAGAGCAGAGAGGAAACUUCUGGCGGAGGCUGCCAAGGCCAUGAAGCCAGAGGAGUGCAUUAAGCAUAUGGUGGCAGCUGUGGAUCCAGCUCUCUUGCAGCUGGAAGGAGGCGGGACGCUGCUGGCAUCUCUGCAGGCUCUGGGCUGCAGCUGUGCCAUCGAGAAACAGCCUCUCCCACGCAGUGUGAGCUGGAUGAGGAGAGUUCCCUGCGCUCAGCCAGACGAAGGAGGCUGCGUACCAGAGGCCCACGUCGUGAUGCAGAUGACUGUGGACGACUUCAUCACGCUGAUCCACAGCUACAUCCAGGAAGAGAGGCUUGGCAGGUCAGAAUGUCCCACGCUGACGUCCUGGGUCCAGGAGCAGCAGAGGAGACACCCAGGGAAGAUCCUCAGCCUGGCGGUCAUCGAGCUGGAGAAGUACUUUAGGUCCCACAAGUCACAAAAUCAGAAGAGGUUUCGAGACGCCAUCACGGGUGAGGAGACCACGAGAGGGAAGGGGAAGAAGAGAGGGAGGAAUGGAGGGGCUGAGUCGCUACCUGAGGUGUCCCGAGUGGAAUUAGAGGAGGCAGUGGUUCAUCUCCAGCUUAACACCGGCGUCUCUGUCCGCUUCUUGUCUACCUGGAAGGACUUUUCAGAGCACAUCACCAUGACGACCAAAGCCAUCGCAGAGGCCCCUUUCAAGAGGGAGAGGGACAAGACGGGCUUUUCCUUCCACCUGGAGAGCGACUGGGCUGGGGGCCAGCGGGUGGAUAGAGCCGGUAAGGGCCUGCUACAGGUGUGGAAGAGGCAGCUUCAGCAGUUCAACAGAGUCAGUCCAGACAUGGCUGCUGCCAUCUUAGCAGCUUAUCCAUCCCCACAGCUCCUCAAGAAGGCUUACAGUCUGUGCCGCACUGACCGUGAGAAGGUCUCUCUGCUGUCAGACCUCCUGAUCCGCAGAGGAGAAGGCGUCACCUCCACCACCCGCAGGGUCGGCCCAGAGCUUUCCAAACGCAUCUUCCUCAUGAUGAACUCCUGUGAUCCUGAGCAGACUCUGGACACCAACCUCUGAACGCUGUUUCAAGUCUCACUCGAUCUGUGGCAGUUUGUGUUUACCACUUUGAUGAUAUAGUUGCGUUUUAAGUAGCCACAUCUGUAUUAAAGUUUUAUGAAAAUAACA